GGCUAGGAAAUGCAGCAAGUGACAACAGAGCCUUGAUUUCUUACUAUCAACUUUUCCCCCUUUGAAUACAGAUUGUGAAAAUGGCUGAAAAUGGGGAUGGUGAAAAUAUGUCUGUUCUAGAAAGAAAAAUCUGUCAGCAAAUUGAGUACUAUUUUGGUGACCACAAUCUACCAAGAGACAAGUUCCUAAAGGAGCAGAUCAAGCAAGACGAUGGCUGGGUUCCUUUAGAAAUAAUGAUUAAAUUCAACAGGUUAAGCCAUCUCUCAAAAGAUUUUAGUGUUAUACUGGAAGCAUUAAGGAAAUCCAAGGCUGGACUUAUGGAAAUAAGUGAAGACAAAACUAAAAUCAGGAGAUCUCCAAACAAACCCCUCCCUGAAGUGAAUGACCAGUACAAAAAUGAAAUUAAAAACAGAUCUCUAUAUAUUAAAGGUUUUCCAACAGAUUCUACACUAGAUGAUAUCAAAGAAUGGCUUGAAGGAAAAGGCACAGUAGAGAGUAUUCAGAUGAGGAGAACAUUGCAGAAAGCCUUUAAGGGAUCUAUAUUUGCAGUUUUUGAUAGUGUUGACUCUGCUAAGAAGUUCAUAGAGAUCCCAAACCAAAAAUACAAAGACACGGAGCUAAUAGUCCUUUUCAAGGAGGAUUACUUUUUAAAGAAGAAUGAAGAGAGGAGACAACAUAAAGUGGAGGCUAAAGCAAAAGCCAAACAGGAGAAAGAAGUAAAGCAGAAACAAGCAGAAGAUGCUGAGAUGAAAUCUCUGGAAGAAAACACUGGAUACUUGCUGAAAUUUUCUGGUGACCUAGAUGAUCAAACUUGCAGAGAAGAUCUUCAUGCAGUUUUUUCUGAUCAUGGAGAAAUUAAAUGGAUAGACUUUGUCAGAGGAGCAAAGGAGGGUAUUAUUCUAUUUAAAGGUAAUGCAAAAGAAGUCCUGGAUAAAGCCACAGAAGCAAAUGAUGGGAACUUACAGCUGCGUAAGAAGGAUGUAAAAUGGCAGGUGCUAGAAGGAGAUACUGAGAAAGAAGCUUUGAAAAAAAUCAUGGAGGGCCAGCAAGAAUCAUUAAACAAAUGGAAAACAAAAGGUCGCAAAUUUAAAGGUAAAGGAAGAGGAGGGAAGACGGCCCAAGGUGCACAGAACAAAGGGAAAGUGCAGUUCCAGGGUAAGAAGACAAAAUUUGAGAGUGAGGAUGAAGAGAGUGACAGUAAUACAGAAACAGGGCCAGCAAGUCCCAAGAAAAGACCAUUAGAAGAGACUGAAAAAGAAGAACCUCCAUCAAAACAACUGAAAACAGAGAAUGGAGCAGGAGAACAGUAAUAUAAAAAGCAUUGUUUUUAUUACUCCAUUUUAAAUAGGUUUUAAGCCAUUCCUCAGUUCAGAACUUUUCAAAAGAAAAUCUAACAAAAUCCACUUCAAUGUCAACCUGCAAUGAAAGGAAAGGUUUGUGUUUUGUUUGUUUGUUUUUCUUUUUUUAUAUAUUUUCAGACACAUGCUUAUUCUAACAUGCCAGUCAGGAUUUUUUAAAAAAAUAUUUUGUUUAUACUGUCAGAGCCUCUCAGCAUUUCUGGCACUUGAUUUAAAAUGUAAAUGGAGGUUCUAUCCUUGAACCAGACUUUGCAAUUUUGAAGUUGUAUUAAAUAAGUCACCAAUAAACUUCAGCAUUUAAGAUGG